AUGGAGACUGCAGAAGGAGGGGUUAGUGGAAAUGAUAAACCUAUGUGUAGAAUCUGUUUUGGCGGAGCCGAUGAUCAGCCUACACUAGGGAAACUUAUCUCUCCAUGCCGUUGUCAAGGAACAAUCAAAUGGGUGCAUGUAAAUUGUCUUUUAGAAUGGAGAAUAAAAAGCAAAUCUUCAAAAAGUUAUUACCGUUGUGAACAAUGUCAUUACGAAUAUUUGUUUCUUCGGCCGCAACUUUCUGCUAUUCUUGUAUCUUAUCCAUCGUUGCUAAUAUGCACUGCACUUGCUUUUUUAGGCGCUUCUUUUAUUACAGGAUUCGUUGUUAAGCUCAUUUUCUACUUUGGUUUUGAAUAUGUUGCAGAUUUUCUAUUUUACGAGCCCAUUCCUAUUCCAGAGUCUUUUGUUCGUCCACGUAGUCUAUGGCAAAUCUUUUCAGUCGUCGAUACUACUCAUUUUCUUGUCGGAUUUAUCUCUUUAGGUGCUAUAGGCACAAUUCAAUUAUUAGGGCCUAUUCGUAACUAUCGAAUAUUACUUGGAGACCAACGACGACGACGUAUUCGACAGUUUCACAGUGGUUUUAUGAUUUUCUAUAUAAUUGGAAUGCUAAAAAUCGCCUGGAAUUUAUAUAAAAAAGUUCAGAAUUGGUCUCGGCAUUGGUUAGAAUUUUUAGGCAAUCGUAUUCUUGAAGUCGAUGAACAACCAUCUCAAAUGUGA